UCUGAAGCUGUUCUUGCCCCACUUUCUCAGCCGCCAUGUCUAGGCAGUCCACCAUCACUUUUCAGACGGGCAGCCGCAGGGGCUUCAGCACUGCCUCAGCCUCCAGUCGCCCCCGCUUUAGCUCAGCCUCCGUGGCCCGCUGCACUUGGGGCAGUGGAGGCCUGAGAAGAAUUAGUGAUCCUGGGGCCAGCUUUGGAAGCCGCAGCCUCUACAACCUAGGGGGGACCAAGCGGGUCUCUGUCAGUGGGAGUGGUGGCAACUUCCGAAGUGGCUUUGGUGGCAGGGCGAGCAGUGGGUUUGGGGUCAGCAGUGGAUUUGGCUAUGGGGGUGGGGUGGGAGGGAGCUUUGGUGGCCCUGGCUUCCCCGUCUGUCCCCCUGGAGGCAUCCAAGAGGUCACCGUCAACCAGAGUCUCCUGACUCCCCUCAACCUGCAAAUCGACCCCACCAUCCAGCGAGUGCGGAAAGAAGAGCGGGAGCAGAUCAAGACCCUCAACAACAAGUUUGCCUCCUUCAUCGACAAGGUGCGGUUCCUGGAGCAGCAGAACAAGGUCCUAGAGACCAAGUGGAGCCUCCUGCAGGAGCAGGGCACCAAGACCGUGAGGCAAAACCUGGAGCCCUUCUUUGAUGCCUACCUCAAUGACCUCCGCCGGCAGCUGGACAGCAUCACCACUGAGAGGGGCAGGCUGGAUGCUGAGCUCAGGAAUAUGCAAGACAUUGUAGAAGAUUUCAAAGUCAGGUACGAGGAUGAAAUUAACAAGCGCACGGCUUCUGAGAAUGAGUUUGUGGGCCUGAAGAAGGACGUGGACAUCGCCUACAUGAACAAGGUGGAGCUGGAGGCCAAGGUCAGCAGUCUGACCGACGAGAUCAACUUCUUACGGAUGCUGUAUGAGGCAGAGCUGUCCCAAAUGCAGACACAGGUCAGUGACACAUCCGUGGUCCUCUCCAUGGACAACAACCGCAGCCUGGACCUGGACAGCAUCAUUGCCGAGGUCAAGGCCCAGUAUGAAGACAUUGCCAACCGCAGCCGGGCUGAGGCUGAGUCUUGGUACCAGACCAAGUAUGAGGAGCUACAAGUCACAGCAGGCAGACAUGGCGAUGAUCUCCGAAACACCAAACAAGAGAUUGCUGAGGUGAAUCGGAUGAUCCAGAGGCUGAGAAGCGAGAUUGACAAUGUGAAGAAGCAGUGUUCCAGCCUGCAAACAGCCAUUGCCGAUGCAGAACAGCGUGGAGAGCUGGCCCUCAAGGAUGCACGAGCCAAGCUGGUGGACCUGGAGGAGGCUCUGCAGAAGGCCAAGCAGGACAUGGCCCGGCUGCUGCGGGAGUAUCAGGAGCUGAUGAACGUCAAGCUGGCCCUGGACGUGGAGAUUGCCACCUACAGGAAGCUGCUGGAGGGCGAGGAGAACAGGCUGGAGACGGAGCUGAAGAGCAUGCAGGACGUGGUGGAGGACUUCAAGAACAAGUAUGAAGAAGAAAUCAACAAGCGCACAGUGGCAGAGAAUGAGUUUGUGAUGCUCAAGAAGGAUGUAGAUGCCUCCUACAUGAACAAGGUGGAGCUGGAGGCCAAGGUGGAUGCCUUAAUGGAUGAGAUCAACUUCCUGAGAGCUUUCUACGACGCGGAGCUGGCUCAGCUGCAGGCCCAGAUCUCUGAGACCUCUGUGGUGCUGUCCAUGGACAACAACCGCAAGCUGGACCUGGACAGCAUCAUCGCCGAGGUCAAAGCCCAGUAUGAGGACAUCGCCAACCGCAGCCGGGCUGAGGCCGAGUCCUGGUAUCAGACCAAGUAUGAGGAGCUGCAGCGCUCGGCUGGCCAGCACGGGGACGACCUUCGCACCACCAGGAUGGAGAUCUCUGAGCUAAACCGGAUGAUGCAGAGGCUGCGCUCUGAGAUUGAUAACCUGAAGAAGCAGUGUGCCGCACUCCAGGCCGCCAUCGCAGAUGCUGAGCAGCGUGGGGAGCUGGCCCUCAAGGACGCCAAGCACAAGCUGGCCGAGCUGGAGGACGCCCUGCAGAAGGCCAAGCAGGACAUGACCAGGCAGCUGCGUGAAUACCAGGAGCUAAUGAAUGUCAAGCUGGCCUUGGAUAUCGAGAUUGCCACCUAUAAGAAGCUGCUGGAGGGCGAGGAGAACCGACUCAUUGGAGAAGGUGUCGGAUCCGUGAACAUCUCUGUGGUCUCCUCCUCGGGCGGAACGGGCUACAGCGGAGGCAGUGGCCUCUGUGUAGGCGGGAGCGGCUACAGCAGUGGCCUCUCCUAUGGCUUGGGCGGCGGUGGCGGCUUCAGUUCCACCAGUGGCCGCAACUUGGGUGGCAGCACCUCCAGCAUGCGCAUCAUCUCCAAGACGUCUACUAAAAAGAGUUAUAGGAGCUAAAGGGCCCCUCCUGCCUCUGCUGCCUCUCUGUCCCUCACCCUGCCCCACCAAGCCCCCACUUCCCAGCCCCAAGGCCCUCGCAUGCUUUGCUGACACCCUCUGCACACAAUCAAUCCUGGCAGCAGGAAGCACAGGGAGCAGAGAAGUGGUCUGUGAGUUCUGAGGUCACCUUACCCAUCCCUCUGCCUCAGACAGGUCCCCACAGAGGCACCCACUUGUUCCCCAUCCCCAGAGCCCUCCAGGGACCAUAGGCAUCCAUUCUAACUAAUGCUGAUUCAACUGCUGUGAGCCAAGACCUGGGCUAGGACUCUGCCCUUCAGUAGCUUCCAGAACAGGGAUGCAGUUGGUCUUCCUCUCCUGUCUGGCCCACAUCCACUGCAACCACAGUCCUUCACAGGGUGGGGCAUAGAACUGACCUUGGUGCUCCAAGGAAGUUGAGUGCAGUCUAGGCCCAGAGUUUCCAUGUGAGCUUUCUCAGCACAGGCAGAACACUUUUCCUGCAGACCACGGAAACCAGGAAAAUGUUUGCAAACCCUGCCCACAUAUGGCCUUCUCACCUUCUUCCUUAUUAUCCUCACCCAGGCCACCAGCCACUUCCCCUGACAAUUCCUAUGAGCAGAAUAUUUGAAUGAGAAAUCAACACCCAU